AUGAAUCUUCUCCUUCUGGUGGUUGCUUUAGGACUUGCAGGAGCGGCUCCCCUGGAGGACUACAGGGUGUGCCAGCCUCACUCCAGACCCUGGCAGGUCUAUUUGCAUGGUGGAGGAGGGUCCUGCAGUGGAGCUCUCAUUGACAAAUGGUGGAUAGUAACCUCCUUCGACUGUGCACCCACAUCCGACCGCACCAUUGCAUCUCUUGGGGAACAUGACGUUACCGUGGAGGAGGGCACAGAGCAGCACAUCCACGUUGCCGAUGUAAUCCGUCACAGUCCAUACCGCUCACCCCUCCACAGCCUCGCCAUGGUCCGCCUGGCUUCGCCUGCCCGCUUCACCAAGUACAUCCAGCCCAUCCCUCUGCCCAGUCGCUGCCCGAAGCCCGGAGAGACCUGCUAUGUCAGCGGCUGGGGAUCCACCAUCCCAAAUCAAUAUGAGCCGCCUAAACACCUGAAGUGCAUAACUGUGCCUGUGGUGGAUGACCAGACUUGUAUGAACACGUUCAGCGACUUCCUGUUCUGGAGCCCGGGCAUGAUCUGCGCUGGUCAAGCAAACACAGAUAACUGCUUGAGUGACAGAGGCAGUGUGAUGGUGUGUGAUGGCAGGCUGCAAGGUGUGGACUGGUUCACAAAUGGCUGCGAGGACCCGGCCGAUCCCAGCGUCUACACCAAGCUGUGCGAGUACCGUGGCUGGAUCAGUGAUGUGAUGGACCGCUACACACCCACCCUGUCAACUGAAAUUCCAAAGGUGACAAAAUGA